GUGAACAGCUUCUCUAUCAGAUUCCCAACAACAGAGUCCUCACCAGUAAACUGGGACUUCUCUGCUGCCUGAGAGAGCAAGAGCGGGUGAUGAAAAAGAUCAGGAGCUCUAAUUCCAAGUUACUGAAGAUGGAAGAAUUCUUCCCAGAAUCUUUUCGCCUGGAUUUAAAAGAUGAGAGAAAUGCCUUUUUUCAGCUUUGCAAAGAAGAACAGAUUUGGAUCUGCAAACCAAGUUACUCUAACCAAGGUCGAGGAAUUUUCCUGCUUAAAAAUCCAGCUGCUGUCAACACCCUUCAAGCCCAGCUCCACAGCACUGAGGAAUACCUGCUCAAUAAGAAGGUGUCGUACAAGGUUCCUCAGGCAAGAAUAGUGCAAAGGUACAUUCACCAGCCUCUGCUCCUGGAAGGGAAGAAGUUUGAUGUCCGGUCGUACCUCCUCAUUGCCUGCACAGCACCAUACGUGCUAUUUUUUGCCCAGGGUUAUGUCCGGUUGACCUGUGCCAAUUAUGAUGCCGCUUCUGAUGAUCUGACUGUUCAUCUCACCAAUCAGUACAUACAGAAGAAGAACUCCCUGUACAGCCAGUUGAAAGAUGAGACAGUUUGGCGGAUGGAGCACUUCAACAGCUACGUUAAUCAGAAGUUCAGGAAAACCAAUGGCCUCCCCAAAGACUGGGUUUUCACUGUGUUUACUCAAAGGAUGCAGCAGAUCAUGUUGCAGUGCUUCCUGGCAGCCAAGCACAAACUGGAUCGCAAACUGGGCUACUUUGAUCUCAUCGGGUGUGACUUUUUAAUUGAUGAAAACUUUAAGGUCUGGCUUCUGGAGAUGAAUGCAAACCCAGCACUGCACACCAACUGCAAAGUCUUGAAAGACAUCAUCCCAACUAUAGUCUACGAGAGUCUUGAUUUGGUUCUCGAGGUUUUCAACAAGAGCCUCAAAGGCAAAAGUCUUUUGCCUUUAGAGACACUCAGCCAUUUUGUGCUUCUCUAUCACACGGAUGCUUCAGACCUUGGCCAGAAAGACCCCUCGAAUGUCAGACCUGGCCCGUGUACAGGUCGAUAUCUGCGGCCACAAUCAGGCAGUAGCAGCCACUGUGGUCAGAGCCCUGCCAAAGUGCCAGAGAACUCUUCCAAGAAGCUUGGGAGUACAAGUGAGCUACAUGAACAAGCCAUCGACCAGGAGGUGUUGAAAGAAGGUCAUAAGAACAGGAGAUUACAGGACAGAGAGCUGAGGAAGGUGUACUGGGGGGCAGACAUGGUGUCCAAGGAGACACAGAUCCAGAAGAGCUGCCUUCAGCGCAGCAAUGUCUCCUGA